AUGGGCUGCGGAUUCUUCAAUCCGGGAGUUAAAGGAGCAUAUGGAGGUGGUGACUGGCGCAUCUUAAAAGAUGAUACGACGUUACGUAAUAGCAAUAUAAAAUCGGGAGUAAAAAUCACAAUGAUUGGUAGUUUACCGUCAGAAGUCCAAACAAUUAGAGAUGCUGAUGCCAAAAUAUCACAUCAACCAUUUAAUCGGCAGAAAUCGAAAUACGCAAUUAAUCCUUACAAGGAUGUCAAAUCAUCAUCACCAAUCCAAACCCAAUACAAAUUCCACCAAAUACAAGUACUCGAAGACUUCCCUUCUCCCGAAAAAGCACGAGAACUACUAGAACGACUUUCCGAAGACCGCGGAAUCCGCGGAAUAAUGGAAAAACAUAAAUUCAGCGUUGGCAUUCUGGCAGAGUUAUCACCAACCAGAAAAGAGAUUUUAGGGUACAAUGAGAACAAGGGGCAGGCAAUUACACUUCGACUACGAACUGAUGAUUUAGAAGGAUUUCGAGAUUAUCAAACAAUACGACGCGUGCUGUUGCAUGAAUUGGCACAUUGCGUGUGGACCGAACAUGACGAUAAUUUUCAUCGGUUGAAUCGGCAGUUGAAUAAGGAAGUUGUUGAAUUGGAUUGGACAAAAUCAACUGGCCGUCAAAUAAGUCAUCACGAAUACUAUCAUCCGCCACAUGAGGAAGACAAUAUAGAUGCUGCUGGAUACGUAGGAGGCACAUUUCGACUUGGUGGCGAUACUGAACGCACAAAAAAAUUGUCUAGACGUGAGAUCUUGGCAGAGGCUGCUACGUUACGAUUAACUAAAGAAGAGAAGGAGUUGGAUAAGGGGUGUGGUUUGGACAAUAAAACCAAGCAAGUCUCUAUUGAUAAACCAACCAGAUAUUCUUUAUGUUUUACGAAAGCCAAGGAAGAACGCGAACUCGAAGGCUUUCUUCCAAAUCACUCUGAACAUCAUCUUAGACUUGAAUGGGUGCUUCACCAUAGGAGCGACGGGUUUUGUAUCAUGAGACCAUGCGAGAAGACAUGCGACGGUCUUUUGCCUGUUGGGUUAAAAGGGGGAAAAACUGAAACGAAUUAUAAAACUGACAUAUCGUUCAUAGAGCAUAAAGGAUUCCCCAAACGUUGGGGAAUCUUCCUUUACAUUGCGAACGUUUUGUUGCCAGAGGAACUUAACGGCGGCAUUUCGUUGCGUUUCGAGGGAAUUGAUGUCUGUCUUUGGAUCUUGUUUUCAAAUACCGAUUUGGUAAUACAAAUGAUGAUCCAAAGCGGGGAAGAGGAGACGCUACGACAAAACUCGCUUCCAAA